GCUGAUCAUCCGAGACAGCAAAGUUUUUACUCUGAGAAUCCUCAAGAGUCAGUCAGAAUCAACAUAUUAAUUUUGAUUUUCCAUUUGACUAAAUUGUUUGAUUUACGUAAACUUGUGCUGCAGAUUUUUGUCGGUACUCUUACUUGUGAAUCCAAAAUGGUGAGUCUGAAUCCCGUGCAGAUCUUGGCUCCUGACGCCGAAGAAGACAAGGCGGAGAAUGCGCGUUUGUCAGCGUUUGUCGGAGCCAUCGCUAUUGGUGAUCUGGUUAAAAGCACUUUGGGACCGAAGGGAAUGGACAAAAUUAUCGUUUUUCCCGGUCGCAGUCGUGAGAUGCAGGUAACAAAUGAUGGGGCGACCAUCCUCAAGAACAUCGGGGUGGAUAAUGCGGCUGCCAAGGUUCUAGUGGACAUGUCCCAAGUGCAAGAUAGUGAAGUUGGCGAUGGGACCACUUCGGUGACGGUGCUGGCUGCCGAGCUCCUUAAGGAGGCUGAAUCAAUGAUCGGCCAGAAGAUCCAUCCGCAGACCAUUACAUCGGGAUGGCGAUUAGCAGUGAACGCGGCGAAAGAUGCGUUAACUUCAUCUUCAUUUAGCCAUCGUCAUGAAGAUGCUAAGUUUCGUGAAGAUUUGAUGAAUAUUGCCCGUACUACACUCAGUUCCAAGAUUCUCAGUCAACACCGGGACCUUUUCUCCAAAAUGGCUGUUGACGCUGUGUUGCGAUUGCGAGAAAGCGGUAAUCUCGAUCACAUUCAGAUCAUCAAGAAAACGGGCGGCCAGCUCAGCGAUUCCUUCCUGGAUGAAGGCUUUCUUUUAGCCAAGCGACCGGGAGUAAAUCAGCCAAAAAGAAUGGAAAACGCAAAAAUCCUGAUCGCAAAUACGCCUAUGGAUACUGAUAAAAUUAAGAUUUUUGGUUCUCGUAUCCGAGUGGAUUCUACAGCGAAAGUAGCCGAACUGGAACUUGCGGAGAAACUGAAAAUGAAAGAAAAAGUGGAUAAAAUUGUUAAGCAUGGAAUUAAUGUUUUUAUCAACAGACAAUUGAUCUACAAUUAUCCAGAACAGUUGUUUGCUGACGCCGGCGUAAUGGCGAUUGAACACGCUGAUUUUGACGGCAUCGAGCGGCUGGCAUUCGUGCUGGGCGGAGAAAUUGUGUCAACGUUCGAUCAUCCGGAUAAAGUCAAAUUAGGUUCCUGCAAACUCAUCGAAGAGGUUCUGAUUGGAGAAGAGAGGAUGACCAAAUUUUCCGGUGUGGCUGUGGGCGAGGCAUGUAGCAUUGUGCUGCGGGGAGCUACACAGCAGAUUGUGGAUGAAGCGGAACGGUCCAUGCACGAUGCACUCUGUGUCUUGCAGCAGACCGUCCAGGAUCCACGGGUGAUCUUUGGCGGCGGCAGCGGAGAAAUGCUGAUGGCGCAGGCGGUUAGUCAGUUGGCGACGAAGACACCCGGCAAAGAGUCCAUCGCUAUCGAAGCCUUUGCUCGUGCACUGCGCAAGCUACCGACGUAUGUGGCGGAUAAUGGUGGCUAUGACAGUGCUGAGCUAAUAUCGCAGUUGCGGGCGGCCCACACGGAAGGCAAAGUUUCCAUGGGAUUGAAUAUGAAUACGGGAACGGUGGACGAUAUGAGUGUUGUGGGUGUUUUGGAGCCGUUCCGCGUAAAGAUGCAGGUGUUGAUUAGCGCGGCCGAGGCAGCGGAAAUGAUACUGCGCGUGGAUAGCAUCAUCAAAGCCCCGCCUCGGAAGAGGACAGCCGAUAAGCAUAGACAUCAUUAGUGUUGCCUCGAUCUGUGGAACAGUGGUGUUUUGUUUGUUGUUACUGUACCUGUACGUCAGUGUUUCUUAUUCGUGACAGCAGUUGGUUUUUAGUUUGUUCCUUAAGGUUGACAUUUCUGCUUCGUCUGUUGUUUAUCUUUUUUUAAAUAAAUACAUCAUAAUUAGUUUUGACAUUAAACGGAGAUUUUGGAAAUAAAAAUUCAGUUAU